AUAAAUAUAUUAUAAAAUAUUUUUAUGCAGGUUAUAUUCAAGUAAUUAUUUUGAAACAGUAAGUCAUCUUAAUAGCACUAAAUAUUAGUAUAUGAUGUAAGUACACGUGUUACCCGGGAUUGCAUGACGUAAGAUUGCACGUAACCUAUACUUUGUUUAUUUUUCGUAUAAUUAUUUCUUAAAAAUAGUAAUUUAAAUAAUAUAUCAAAAAAAUAAUGACUGUUGAAAGUACAGAAAAUAAAGAAAAAUCAAUAUCUGAAAAAAGUAAUAAUAUUGAAGCUGAAUAUUCUGAUCUUUAUCCAGGAAGGAAGGUACGAUCUCGUACUUGGCUUGAUAAACUUUUCUUAAAAGAAAAAAGAGAACAAUUAGAAAAAACACAAUGUGAACUUAAUGUGUAUCAGUGUGUGCAAGAUAGUAAGAUUUCUACAGUUACUUUUUAAGAAUUUUUGAUUGUUUUUUUUGAUUUAACUUUUCAUAUUAUUUUUGUCAUUUAUUAUUAUUUUUGAUUUAUUAUUGUCAUUAGAUUAUGAAUGCUUUUUAAUUAACGAAUCUUAAUAUUAACUAUUUCUGGAUAGGUAUAUUUUUCACUGUUUUUGUGAACAACUUGAGUCAUUUAUGAUCAUAA